GACCGCACCUUCGAACUCUUCGAAAAUGUUUGGUUUUCCUUAUGCUAAUUAAUUAUCCGUGAGUGUACCAUCAAGUUUUCAAAAACCGUGAUAAAUAUAUCUGUUAUAACCGUGUUUGAACACAUUCAUUCCGACAAUGGGUCGAAAAUAUGCGUAUGAAACACCUCGUAAGGCUAUGCGUGGCCAAUGUGAUGGAUCCACCGUUAUGGUACAACGUAUGCAUAAAUCAACUUCUCUGGAAAGCAGUAGAGAAUGGUUUAGAAAAGAAAUUCAAUAUCAAAUGGAACGAGGUGGUUUAUUUGAAGAUCCUUUUAUGCCUGCAAACGACACAAGCAUCAAUUCAAAUUCAAGAUCUGGUUUUAGGUGGCUAAGACCUCAUGAACUUACUCGGAAACCACGUUUCGUUGCUGAUGGAGUCAGUCGAUUCGAUAUUAAACAGGGCGAACUUGGUAAUUGUUGGGUUAUUGCUGCGUUGGCUUCAUUAUCAAUGUAUCCAGAGCUAUUUAAUCAGGUUGUCCCAGUUGACCAAACAUUUGAUAAAUCUUCAUCAAAAUAUCCUUAUGUUGGAAUGUUCUGGUUUCGAUUUUGGCGAUUCGGUGAUUGGUUUGAUGUUGUGGUUGACGAUCGAUUGCCUACUCGUAAUGGACAUCUAGUGUUUAUGCAUUCGGCUGAUCCUAAUGAAUUUUGGUCAGCCUUAUUAGAAAAAGCAUAUGCCAAACUUGUAUUCUCCUACGAUGCACUUCGUGGUGGUUGUACAGCAGAAGCAAUGGAAGAUUUCACUGGUGGUUUAACUGAACUUGUUGAUUUAGGUUCAAAAGCUCCGGAUAAUCUGUUCGGUAUUAUGGAACAUGCACUUGCUCGUGCAUCUCUAAUGGCUUGUAGUAUUGAUGCUGAUCCACAUGAGAUUGAAGCCAAUGGUCCACUGGGAUUAAUUCUUGGUCAUGCCUACUCGGUGACAGAUAUACGACAGGUACACACUAACUAUGGUUCUCAAGGUGUUGCUUUGAUACGAUUACGUAAUCCAUGGGGAAAUGAACGUGAAUGGUCUGGUCCAUGGAGUGAUCAAUCUAAAGAAUGGCGAAGUAUACCACCUGAUGAAAGAAAACGCAUUGGUCUUACUUUUGAUGAAGAUGGAGAAUUCUGGAUGUCGUUUAGUGAUUUUGUACACUAUUUCUCUCGUCUUGAAUUAUGCCAUCUGGGUCCAGAAUCAAUAUCGUAUAGUCCUCGUGCUACUACACGUCGUCGAGCUACUCACCGAUGGGAAAUGAUUCGUGAAGAAGGCGAAUGGUUGCGUAAUUCUACUGCUGGAGGAUGUUCUAAUUUUCCAAAUACCUUCUAUAUGAAUCCACAAUUUCAUGUUGAAGUUAUGACUCCAGAUGAAUCAGACAGGGAUGGUUGUGGCACACUUGUAGUUGGUUUAAUGCAGAAAGGUUUACGAGAGAAACAUAUUGAACCCCAUGUGAUUGGUUAUUCCAUUUAUCGGAUGCCUCCAUCAGCUUCAAAUAAUCUUUUAUUGGAUAGAAGAUUUUUUAUGACUAAUUCAUCAGUAGCUCGAUCACCUAUAUUUAUUAAUAUGCGUGAAGUAACCGGAAGGCAUAGAUUAAAGCCUGGACAUUAUGUUAUCGUACCGUGUACAUUUAAUCCAAAUGAAGAAGCUAAGUUCAUGCUUCGCAUUUUCUCUGAACGUACUUGUGAUUCAAAUGAAUUGGAUGAUGUUACACAGAUUACUAUUGAUUCAGAUCUUCCCAGUCAACCACUCAGAACAGCUGAUGAUCAUUUGAUAGAGAGAUUAGAAAUUGUCUUUAACAGAAUUGCUGGUGCCAGCGGAGCAAUCACGUAUACUCAAUUACAAGAUAUUCUAAAUGAAGCAUUCACAAAAGACUUUCCAUUUGAGGGAUUCAGUAGAGAAACUGCAAGAAGUAUGAUGGCCCUAAUGGACGCUGAUUUAAGUGGUGGUCUAGGCUUCCAAGAAUUUAAAAAACUGUGGAUGGAAUUACGCAUUUGGAAGACUAUAUUCAAAAAGUUUGACGAAGGUCAUACCGGCAGUUUGGAGGCAUUUGAAUUACGAAAUGUCAUGCGGACGAUUGGUUUCCACGUCAGUAAUUUAAUCUAUAAAGCAAUUGCAUGUCGUUAUGCAAAUGAAAAAGGUCAAGUAUCAUUCGAUGAUUAUAUCUUAUUGUUGGUCCGAUUAUCAACUGUCUUCGAAACGUUUAAAGCACAAGAACGUACUAAAGAUGGACGAGCUGUCUUCGGAGCUGAAGAUGUAAGUUUAAAUUUAUCCGUUUGGCUUAUUAAGUUGCAUUGUACCGUCUUAGUUUUAUUGAUUUUCAAGAGCAUAGCUUCAUAUGUACAAUAGGCAGUUCACUUAUGAUGUCACCAUACCAAGCCUCAUCUUUAAUUCAGACGAAGACUAAACUGAAUUGUUAUUAUAUCUCACGACGAACUUUCACUAUGAAUAUAAUUCAGUUGAAGUUCUAUAAGACGAAAAGCGAUGAUGUCCAAUUGAUUCUGAACCGUGUCACCUGUGGCAUUCUAUACAUAGGUGUCUACGGUCAAGCAACUUAAACGAUGAAAGCGUGAAAUAUUUAGAGACUUGUUCAAAGCACGUGGCCAUAGGCUGAUAGUUUUAUACCGUAUCUAUCUUACUGUAUUAUACAAAUAUAGUUACGACUGUUGAGCUGAAAGUUUAAUAUCAGCUAUUGCCGGGUAGAUAUAAACACCUAAACCAAUUGACUGGGAUUAUACUGAAAUGAGCUCAUUUUGUAGCUACAUAACUCUGCACUAACCAUAAGUCUGAUAGUACUACUGUAACAACAGAAGACAAGGACCAGACAACAGGUCGUUUAUUAAGAAAAUCAACACAUAUUUAUAGAUUUUCAUGUACAUAUUAUAGAUUAUUGUUAGCAGAAAAACAGUCUUCUGAUUGGUUGUUUCUCACUGAAAGUUAACCUUGCAUCUCUUUGUGACUGUUUCUUGAAUGUCAGAUCAUCCAUAUGUUAACUUUAUCCGCCUACGCAAAGCCUUUGUUCUCAUUUUUCUCACGACCAAUAUUGGGGACACAAACAUUGACGUAAAUUACUGUCCACCAAUUUUGGCUAACAGCCAGCUGUCACUACACUACUACUCACUCACAAAUGCACAAAAGCCAUGGGCAGGCAAAUACUUGUUGAGUAGAGGCAUCUUUGGAUGAGAUUUUCACAAUAUCCCAUCGCUGUUUACUUGCAUUAUGAUUGUGUGCAUAUAUUAAUUCUGACUAAAGUUCACACGUAAAACCGACACUUAAUAAUAUUUAUCAUAUACAUUGCUUUUUAUUUACAGUUUAUUCGCUCUGUUAUAUACAUCUAAAUACUGAUGUAAAAGGAAAUCUUCUAAACACAACGCUAUACAUUCACACUGUGAUAGUGCUGAUUACAUACAUACACAACGGCGAAAAAUUUCAGUUUGCACACAUCAUAUGCAGGGGAGCCCCAUAUAUAACCGCUGUAUGAUUUUUCUACUUGCUUUUGAUUUUUUUUUCCUUUUUAUAUAUUGUUAUUAAGAAAAUGUCUUGUUUUCUUUUUUAAAUAAACUAAAUACUUUGUAAAACUUAUUUACACCAGUUGAAUAAUGCUAAUAUGCAAUUCCUUUUUGACUUUGCUUUUCACUCUGUACACUUACUUGAUGCGUAUGGUAUUUGAACAGAUAACGAGCAUAUAUGUAUGUGAUAUGCUUAUAAAAGAAAUUCAGGGAUAGAAAAGACGUUUUCUAUAAAACACAACACCUACAGUUUGUGUAUGCUGUUAACUUUUCGAGUGGAGAGGUUGCAGAAACACCCGUGUAUGACAAGAAUUUCAAGUCUCUGUUAGCUAAAAUACACUAGUUGAAUACAAUCGUGACCGUACAGACUAACACGAGUUUCUAAUCAAUAGCACGCAGACGACAAUUGAGUGAAAUACUAUGAAGUGAAUACAAUCUGCUCUACAAACUAAUUUCAAACCAGUCUUUGGCAAUAUGAACUGACAAAGCUUAGGUUUAUUGAUGUGUGCAAACACGACACGUUUAUCUUUGUCGUUGUAUACUGCUUCCACUCAGUCGCUUAAAACUGAAGAUGAUUAGUUCUGAAAACGAUAUUUUUCCAGUUAAAGUACCCAUCCAUCGUUUGUUGUGUUAUGACAACCUGGUUGACUACAUAUAUGCAAAAACUGAAGAGAUCACCAUUAUGUGGUGACUAGUAUCCCACUACACUGAUUUCCUGAAUACUCACUUCCAUCUAAUGAUACAGUCUUGUAUACAGACACCAGAUCUUAGGUAGUUGAUGACAAGUGAUUUCUGAAUCAAUUACGACAGCUGUCUAAUUCCCCCACUCAUUCACAAGACCAUACAACGUGGUGUACAUGCCAGUAUACCAUCGAAUGCAGAAGAACGUUGAUAUAUCCAGCCUGAUUUGAUAAUCAGAAUAUUUCGAUCUGAUGUGAAGCAUCAGCUUAUCACUGUAAAUUCUGUCAUUUAGGCCAACUAAUGAUAAAUCUCAUACCCGUCAAUAAGAAGCGGCCAAAAAUUGAAAUCGACAUGUUAAGAGUGUACUGUUUAUUCCUCAAAUUAGGAUUUAGUUUAUGUUAUGAUCUACAAUCUCAUUGGACAACUUUUCGUCCCUUUGCCUAACCUUGGGUUAAUCGCCAACCAAUCAGGAUAGUUAACUGUCCGCUGACCUAGCCGACCUUUGAUGUAGUUAAAAAUAUAUAAAUAUGAUGCCUUUUCCCCUAAUAAAAUGUCUGUUACCACUUCUCUCAUCUGCCGCUACAGAUACAAUAGGAAAACGAUACUUCAACCAAGCGUUCAAUGAAGUACAUUUAUGAGGUAAGUUCCAGUUGAAGUAACACUCGACGGUAAAAGGAUCAAAUCAGCAAUUAGUUACAGUUCAAUUUUCUUUAGACACCUGAAAGUACAAUAGGCUGUUAUCAAUACAUUCUCAUUC